UGCUGAAGAGCUGAACACUUGAGAGGCGAGUCGAGCUCCUCACCAUCACUCUCCACACAACACAGAGAGCAGAGCAGCCAUCCCGAACACAGGACUGCAGCAGCCAAAACCCCUUACUCCAGAAGCGCAUGCAAGCCUAUAAUGGAUAAAGGGAUUUUGCAGGUGAUGCUUUUCCUGGGAUCGUUUUUGUGCAAAGGGAAAUUAUCAGUCUUUGGCUCUGCCGGGGUUUUACUUCUGACAAUGAAAAGCAAAUGAGAGCGUUACCCCUUCACUUUCAUUGACAGCUCAACGACAGGAUGCGGGAGCGGGAGCUGCAGCGUGUGGGCAGGAGAUUGCUGCUGUUGGGCAUCUGUCUGCUGUCUCUCUGGGGUCAGUUGAGUCUGGCCUCAACACAUCGCAGCCAUAUUGUACACGUCAAAGCGGGAACCUGUGAGGUCAUUGCAGCCCACCGCUGCUGUAACAAGAACAAAAUCGAGGAGCGCUCCCAAACUGUCAAGUGUUCUUGCUUCCCUGGGCAAGUUGCUGGGACAACAAGAGCGGCUCCUUCCUGUGUGGACGCUUCUAUCGUAGCACAGAAGUGGUGGUGCCAGAUGCACCCGUGUAUGGAGGGCGAGGAGUGUAAGGUGUUGCCGGAUCUAAAAGGUUGGAGCUGCAGCACGGGAAACAAAGUCAAGACGACCAAGGUCACGCGAUAGUCUGGGACCGAUAUACAUAUGGGACUAGCAGUUUUUUUUUUUUUUUGAUCAAAGCAAUGGAAAUUAAGUUUCAUUGACUUCAAACUACUUCACAACUAUUGGGAUCAAGUUGUUGGACCUCUGUUGAAUACUAAUGUCACUUGGAAUGGACCAUUUAAACAACAUGGAAUUUUCCUCUCUUUUUUCACCCCCUCUUCUAUUUACACUCUGCCAAACUGCCGUCUUUGCUUUCUAACAGUGUCGGACAAGAUCAUACACCGUGUAUAGUAAAUACUCCAUAAAAAUCAACAUGUGGACCAGUUCAGAGACAAUUGUGUGAUUUCAGAACAAUGGAUUACAUUUCCUAUUUGUGAAGCGAAUGUGGACUUGAAAGGUUGGCUUAUUACUUGAAUCAUAUGUUCCAGAGGCACUAAUAUUCAGUCCCCUAUCCUUUGGUGCCAAUAUUUUAUUUGUUCUACUAUGGGCAGAUUUUUUGAUCAAUGUGAAGUGUAUGAUUUUUGGGUAUGGUUUUGGGGGCACUCAGCUCCAUUUUGAAACAGACUUGUGAAAGAGCAAGAGGCAAGUAUGACGCUUAGAAUUACCACUAUUGGUAAUGGAUGGUAUGGAUGAAAAAGUUGAAGUGGUCUAUGGGAGCUUGUGAAAAAGAAUAUAGCAAAAAGAUUUAUUGUUUGUUUUAAAAGCCUUGGUGGCCAAUAUUGAGUCAAAGUGUCAGUAUUAUCUCAAAUAAAAGUAUC